AUGAGGGCGUGGUCCUCGACGGAAGUCAAGAUGACGAGCCUCGCGCGCAUCUCGCCGGCCUCGAAUGUGGGUUACGCGCCGCUCGCCCUUGAGAAGGCCAACCACUCCCGCCCGCCCGACCUGCGCGAGAUGUUUAACGUGCGCAACCCGCGCGAGCACACCAACCGCUUUGAUGGCACACCGGAGGGCACCGAGGCCGUCGCGCUCGAGCUGUGGCGCGUGCUGGAGAGGGCCGCACGGCGCUUCAGCCUCGCCCUCGCUCUCGCCCUAGGGCUCGAGCGGGACUACUUUACGCGAUCGAUGGACAAGAUGGACCUGUGCGCAUGCCGCUUCAACCACUAUCCGCUCGUCGUGGCGGCGGACGCGGAGGCCGACCGUUACUCGAUUGCGUGCUUCUACGACGCUGAUAAGGCCGCGCCGGUGAACGUCGACCCGCGCUUCGUGCCCGAGGGCGAGCAGCCGCACUACCCGCCAACCACGGGCCUCGAGUACUUGCUGCGCAAGCUCGCGCGCGCGCAGGGCGCCACCGCGGAGCUGGGAGGCAGGAGGGAGGUCUACGACCACGACAUUGGCGUGAGGCGUGACCCGGCCAGCCGGCCGCCGAAGGAGGCAUGA